AUGAUGCAGCUGAAGCAGUUCGUCAAUGGUGCGCCCUGUGGGGUAGCCGUGGAACCCUUGAGUCACUAUGAGCUGCGGCUCUCAUGUCCCAAUUGGUUGGUGGAUCGUUCCGGUUUCCUUUCGCAUCAAAAGUUGAAUGUUCAGUACAGAGGUCGCCCGUUGCCUUCUUGCAACGGCCUCACGCUUUUACACGCAGAAUGUGUGGAGGAAUCGUGCACAUUUCUCUUGACAUCUUCUGGUCAACUGCAGAAGAGGACCCCGUUGGAGGUGCGUAUGCCUCCCAACUUCAGCGUGGUGCCAUGGCAGACGCAUCUGGGUGAUUUCGUGUCUCGGUGGCAGGCUGUAGAUUUUGUGGUCUUCUGCAUUCAAGCCGAAGACCUUCACACGGAGGACAUGCACGGGGCCGCCUGUCAGGCGAUGAUCUUUCGACCGCGUUUGGUGCUGACGAAUUCCUCCAAUGCCACGUUGCAGCUCCAGUUGCAGUCUGGACAGAUCCAAAACCUCGAAGCUCAAAAGUCGAUGGUGCAUCACUGGACCGCCACGAGUGAUGAUGCACAGGACUUUCAACUGCGCUUCCGGCCGGAGACGACCCUUGGCUUGAAAAUCAAGCCACCAUUUGUGAGGUCGGGUGCCACCUUCGAGUGGUCGGGACGGGUGCUCUGCGGGGACGAAACGGCGGGCUGCACGUCCUUCGCGCUGAGCACAGGCAUCGAUGCAGCCCCCCGUAGCAAGGGCAAAAAGGAAUCCGAGCUCUGGAGCGUGGCCGUGUGCCCCGCGCGCGGCGCCAUGUCGGUGACCUUCCAGCGGGGCUCGGAAUUCAUCGCUGCAAACAGAUCCACACGGAUGGACCUGCGAAUGGAAAUCAGGCCCUAUGGCCUGGAGGCGCGAUGGCGAUUCGCGAUGGAUUUGUGGCUUAUUGACGGAUUAAAACCUGCUUGGUGGUUAUACCAAUCAUCAACAAUAACUGGUUGGUGGUUUGGUUUAAUAUGGUUUAAUGAUGAUUAA